GGUCUGGCUGUCGCCCGUGGCACCACGAGCUGCCUCCACGCAGAACCGCUCACAAAGUUCAAAGAUCAAACCCCCACCCAUCAAGGCUACCCGUCUCGCGACUUGCAGACCUUUUAUCUUUGCUUGUAGCGGAGACCUUAUUACUACCCGGUACCUUGUCCAAAGCCCUCUAAAACUGAAGAACCACCAUGUCGGAAGCUUGUGAAGAAGCGAUCCUGGCUCAUUUGGCCAAGGCUGAUGAUGCUGUGAUUGAAGAUACCCUUCCAUGGUCCGAAGGCGCAUCGUUGGGUCACGAGAAAGUUGUUGGGGCGCUGAAGAGUUUGGAAGCAGAUGGUUUCGUCGUCACGGAGACAUUAUCGGCAAGUUCCCUCGCGCUCACCAAGGAAGGAGAGGAUGUGCUGGCGAAUGGAUCGCAGGAAGCAAUUGUUCUGAAAGCUUUGGAGGGAGCUGGAAAAAUGAGUAUCCCUGACUUGCAAGCGGCCGUUGGCAAAGAUGUGGCCAAAAUUGGAAUGGGCAACUGUAUGAAGAAAAAAUGGAUCAAGAAGGACGGAGGAGACUUGGUUCCCGUUGCGAAAAGCGAGGAAAUUACAGAUGAAGUCCAGGAUCAAUUGAAAAGUCUAGCCGAUCUGGACAAAAAAACGACUGACGCUUUGAAGAAGCGAAAAUUGGUUACCCUGCUUACCCGAAAAUCCUUCAAAGUUACCAAGGGAGCCUCGUUUGCCCCCAAACGCGUCAAGAAGGCAGCUGAUCUGACCAAGGAAAUGUUGGAAACGGGCGCAUGGAAGGAUACCCCUUUCAAGCCUUACAAUUUCUUGACAUUAGGAGAAAAAGUAGGGGGUGGCUAUCUGCACCCGCUAUUGAAAGUUCGAGCUGAAUUUCGAAAGAUUCUCAUGGAGAUGGGAUUCCACGAAAUGCCCACCAACAAAUGGGUCGAGUCUUCGUUCUGGAAUUUCGAUUCACUCUUCCAACCCCAGUCUCACCCUGCUCGUGAUGCUCAUGAUACCUUCUUCAUCAAGGAACCUGCUAGCACUGUUUCCGUGCCCGAGGAGUACUACGAACGAGUCAAAACGAUGCACGAAAAGGGAGGAUCUGGAUCCAUUGGAUACCGCUACGAUUUCAAGCGAGAGGAAGCGUUCAAAAACUUGCUGCGAACCCACACAACCGCCAUCUCCAGUCAGAUGCUUUACAAAUUGGCCAACCAAGAAGGAGGCUUCAAACCCGCACGGUACUACUCGAUUGAUCGGGUCUUCCGAAACGAAACCAUGGAUGCCACGCAUUUGUGCGAGUUCCAUCAAGUAGAAGGAUUGGUGGCAGACUACGAUCUGUCUCUGGGAGAUCUCAUCGGCACCAUUGAAACCUUCUUCAGGAAGAUUGGUAUCACGCAGCUGCGUUUCAAACCGGCCUUUAACCCCUACACCGAGCCGUCCAUGGAGAUCUUUGGAUACCAUCCCGAUUUGAAAAAGUGGACCGAGAUUGGAAACUCGGGCAUGUUUCGACCGGAGAUGUUGGCACCUAUGGGCUUGCCCGAGAAUGUUCGUGUGAUUGCUUGGGGGCUCUCUCUGGAACGUCCCACGAUGAUCAAAUAUCGAAUCAAGAACAUUCGAGAUCUCUUUGGGCACAAGGUGGAGUUGGCAAGAACACAAACUGCUCCAAUCUGCCGCUUCUAGAAACAGUUGUUUGAUAUCCCGGCAAUUUUAGCCUAUAAAUAAUACAGUAGCAACUUGGUAUGCUAGAUUUUCUAACGCAUAUAGGUUUUGUUUUUGUGGGUGAAAUCAAUGCCGGCAA